CCCUGUAACCCCUCUUCUCGUGCCUUCCAUAUCUCACGACUUUUCUUACUCCCGCGAACAAAAAAUUCAGUUUCGUUCGUUGCCGCUCUAUUCGUUGUCGUUCAUGAGGAAUAUGCAAAAAAGGAGAUGAAGAUUGUAAUAGAGAACAAGAAAAAACCCUAAUUUUGAAAGUUGAUCUUCACGGUUAGUUUGCUUCUUUGCUAUUUUGCAAAUUUGAUCCCAGAUCUACACGUGUACAUUUAUAAUACACAUAUAUGGAUGCAUGAAAAGUUUAUUGGGGGAUUCAUGUUGUGACUCACUAUGUUACGGUAUAUCUUCUGAUUCAAAGUUGUUGGAACCUAUUUUACUUGUAAGAGGUCGGUGAGAAUCGGAUUUUGAGCGAUUGAUUGUGCCAUUUAAUAUCGGAUUCCGAGAAGUUGUUGAUCGACGAAAUUGUGUUGAUGAGAAGUUGGUUCUGUGUAGGCUCGUUAUGCUUAGAUGAGUGUGUUGGAUUGUUGUAUAAUUGGUAUUAGAGAUUGAAUUGUAAUCCAGUUGUUUGAUAGAGUAUCAGUGAGGGUUUUAAUUUCUAAUUCAGGAAUUAGGGUUUCUGUUGUGUUUACUUGGUUUGCGUAGUUAUUUAUUUGAACUUAGAAUGCUGUUAUGCAUUUUGAAUUUUUUUGAUACGUGAUAGUUUCUGAACUUGUAGAGGGGAACAUUUAGGAUGGGAGAAGGGGAGGUUUGUGUGGCUGUGUUGAGCAAUGUUGGGGAAAUGGAAAACGAGAAAAUUCAGCAAAAGCGUGACCAUCAGUGGCUAACAGUUGGUUCUGAUAUGGAGCCCUUGCCCAAAAAACAGGCCAUAGAGGGUUCAGUGGAUGAUGAAGUAGAUUCUUGUGCUAUUACUCAUUCAGAAGUGGCCCUGGUUUCUAUUGAACAAGAGCCAUGUCCUAAAACACCUCCCACAGAGGGUUUAGAUAAUAUUAAAAAACCAGAGCCUUCUGUUGAACAGGAUAGUAAAGAAUGUUCAAAUGGUUUGGAGCUAGUGCAACCAACAGAAGCUCUAAACGAUAAUAUGCCAGAUGCUUCCAGUGAGGAGCCUGUCCAAGAAUGUCUGAAGGUGACAGAACAACAGAAUUGUGAAAGUAAGCAAGCAACUGAGAGUUUAAAUAAUAAUAAUAAUGAUGUAAAUCCUUCUGCUGUACAGCCUGUUACAGAAGGUUUAGAUGACAUGGAACUAGAUCCUUGUGGUGAGAAUGAGAAACACACUUUAGAGGUUUCACAUGACAUGGAAAUAGAGCCUAUUGUUGAGCAGCCUGUCAAGGAGUGUCUGAAUGAGAUGGCAAUAGAACCAGUUGUUGAGCAGCCUGUCAAAGAGUGUCUGAAUGAGGUGAAACUAGAGCCUAUUGUUGAACAGCCUGUCAAGGAGUGUCUGAAUGAGGUGAAACUAGAGUCUAAUGUUGAACAGCCUGUCAAGGAAUGUCUGAAUGAGGUGAAAGUAGAGGCUAUUAUUGAACAACCUGUCAAGGAGUGUUUGAAUGAGAUCCAACCUGUCAAAGAAUGUCCAAGUGAGAUGGAAACAGAGGUUUGUGGCAAGAUGAAGACAACUGAGGCUUUGAAUGAGAGUGAACCAGAAUCUUCUGUUCAAAAACCUAUCAAAGAUUCACUGCUUGAGAUGAAAAUAGAGGUUUCUAGAAGUAAACAGACAACACAAAGCUUAACUGAUAAUGAAAUAAAGCCUCCUGUUAGGAACCAUAUAACCCAAGCUGUAAACGAUACUGGAAUAGAGCCUUCUGUUAUAAAGCAGACAACAGAGGCCUUAAAUGAUACUGAACUAGUAAUAGAUCCUUGCACCAAGAAGGAGGUGAAGGAGGCUUCAAAUGAUGAUAUUUGCUCUGAAGUUUCAAACCCCAAUGUAUCACCUCGUGACAAUUCUUCAAGUUUUCAGACUGUUAAUAGUCAACCAGAUGGAAAACAAGUCAUAAAAGAUCAAACUGUUUGUGGUGAGAUUACAUCAUCUAGCAGUGAGGGGAGCUCAAGCCAAGAUGAACAUGGUACUACAAAUGAUACAUCACAUGUUGUACUUGAGGUUCCAAAGCAUGCAAGUACUUCUUCUGGUAUUAGGAAAAUUACUUUCAAAUUCAGUAAACGAAAGGAAGAGUAUGAUAGUCAACUGUCUGCUUCUACUGCAAAGUCAACAGGCAAUUCUUUCACAAACGGGACCCGUAAGGCACCUAGGUUGCAUGAAACUGGGGACUCUCUUUUAUAUCCUAAUACUCUUGAAGCAACGACUGAAAAGGUUGCUCCUCCUGAAAGUUAUCCUACAACUGUUAAAAGACUCUUAUCAACUGGGAUUCUCGAGGGAGCAAAAGUGAAAUAUAUUUCUGCUUCAAUUCUUCGUGCUCAUGAGUUUGAGGAACAUGCUGGUGGAAAAACUAGGCACCCUAAUAAUCACAUAUAUCUGGAGAAUGGGAAACCUGUAUACAGUAUAAUUCAGGCAAUGAAGAAUUCUCCUCCCAACACAGUAGAUGAAGCAAUAAGAAACGUAGCUGGUUCAUCUGUUAAUGAGGAAUUCCUUCAGGUUUGGAAAGGGGGUCUUCAAGGAAACAUGGACAGGGGUAAAUCAGACAACAAUCAUCAUAUGAAGCUUAUGAACCUGUAUCAUUCUACAACAAGCUGCACCAAUCACACAAGAGAAGAUGGUUCUAUCCCGUAUUAUUCUUAUCGUAAGAGCUCAGCUUUGGAACCUCAAACAUUUGUUAGUGACACCACAAAAGAGCGGAAAACCCAAUUCAAAAAGCCAAGGUCAUACACAUCUAGUACUGCUGUUGAAACAAAACGGAAUGCUGAAGGUGGCCAUAAGAAAAGGGAUAACGAUUUACACCGCUUACUAUUUAUGCCAAAUGGACUUCCAGAUGGAACUGAAUUGGCUUAUUAUGCCAGAGGAAAGAAAAUACUUGAGGGUUACAAGCAAGGAACCGGUAUAGUUUGUAGCCAUUGUGACACUGAGAUCAGUCCUUCACAAUUUGAAGCUCAUGCUGGUUGGGCUGCCAAACGUCAACCGUAUCGGCAUAUUUAUAUCCCUAAUGGGCUAACACUCCAUGAUAUAGCUCUGUUGCUUGCAAAUGGUCAAAGUAUCACAACCAGCAACAGUGAUGACAUGUGUGCAGUAUGUGGAGACAGAGGAGAGCUGAUGAUUUGUGAUGGAUGCCCUCGUGCUUUCCAUGCAGUUUGUUUGGGAGUAGUAGAUGGUGUUUCAUCUGAAGACUGGCAUUGCCCAUAUUGUAGAGACAGUAUUGGGUCUGGUUCUGGUAGAAAAGCAUCUGCUACAGAGUCAAGGCCCAUUGUGAUCAGACUCACACGUGUUGUUAAAGCCCGAGAAUAUGAAACUGGUGGUUGUGUUAUUUGUAGGGCCCAUGAUUUCAGUGUCGCAGAGUUUGAUGAUCGAACAGUAAUGCUAUGUGAUCAGUGUGAGAAAGAGUAUCAUGUUGGUUGUUUAAGAGAGAGUGGGAGAUGUGAUCUGAAGGCGCUCCCAUCGGAUAAAUGGUUUUGUUGUGAUCACUGUGAUAUGAUUCAUGGUGCUAUUCAAGAUGUGGUUGUGAAUGGCGCAACUGUAAUUUCGGCUCCAGUUUUGAGUAUAAUAAACAGGAAACAUCAACAUGUAGACAAAGGAGGAGUCACCAAUGAGAUUAGAUGGCGGAUGUUAAGUGGGAAAAGCCGCUAUCCUGAACAUUUGCCCCUCCUCUCAAGGGCUGCUGCCAUUUUCCGGGAGUGUUUUGAUCCCAUUGUAGCAACAUCUGGCCGUGAUCUAAUCCCUGUAAUGGUAUACGGGAGAAAUAUAUCUGGACAGGAGUUUGGUGGGAUAUAUUGUGUUGUUCUGAUGGCAGGGUCAGUAGUUGUAUCUGCAGGGCUUCUGAGAAUUUUCGGGCGGGAGGUGGCUGAGCUACCCCUGGUGGCUACCAGUAGACAACACCAAGGGAAGGGAUAUUUUCAAGCUCUGUUCUUUUGUAUUGAGGAGUUACUGUUGUCAUUGGGUGUUGAACUCCUUGUGCUUCCUGCUGCUGAAGAAGCCGAGUCAAUCUGGACUAAAAAAUUGGGUUUCAGAAAGAUGAGUGACGAUCGGUAUACACAGUACUCGAGGGACAUCCAGCUCACCAUAUUCAAAGGGACAUCAAUGCUGGAGAAGGAAUUGCAUCGUGCUACAUCUACAUCCUGAUACUACUACACUACCCAUCUCUUUGUUUAUUAUAUUAAGUUUUAAGUUUUUUUUAACUGAACAAAACAUAUACAAACUUUUCUUUUUAGUUUUUUUAUAUAUAGGCGGUUUGAAUUCUGACUACUUUUUUUUUUCUUAUGAAGCGUGAACUAAGCUUUGUUGUUUUUUCUUUCA